CUCUGGAAUAACAAAACCCUAUACCCAUCUCCGUCGCCACCGCUUCAAUAACAAAACCCUAAUUACAAUUUUCUUUCAUUGCUGAAAAUUGUUCCUCAAUUAGUUUGCUUAACCUAAUUUUUUUGUUCGUUUACAAAUCCUUCUUGAAGAAUUUGUGUAAUUCCUUCUUGUAUAAACAACCUAGCUAGAUAUAUACAUUUGGAUAUAUAAUUUGAUCAGACAAUCACAAAUUAAACCAUGGCCGAUUUUGAAGAUUCCCGGAAAGUUCGAAAUAUAUGCAUAUUAGCACACGUUGAUCACGGCAAAACUACACUCGCCGACCAUUUAAUUGCCGCAACCGGCGGCGGUUUACUCCACCCCAAAUUAGCUGGUAAGCUCAGGUUUAUGGAUUAUCUCGACGAGGAACAGAGGCGUGCAAUAACUAUGAAGAGCUCUUCAAUUGCUCUUCAUUACAAAGAUUAUGCAGUUAACUUAAUAGAUUCCCCUGGUCAUAUGGAUUUUUGUAGCGAGGUUUCGACCGCGGCGAGAUUGAGUGAUGGGGCUUUAGUUUUAGUUGAUGCUGUUGAGGGUGUUCAUAUUCAGACGCAUGCUGUUCUGCGGCAAGCGUGGAUCGAAAAGCUUACGCCGUGUUUAGUGCUUAAUAAGAUUGAUAGGUUGAUUUGUGAGCUUAAGUUGAGUCCUAUGGAGGCGUAUACUCGGUUGUUGAGGAUUGUUCAUGAGGUUAAUGGGAUUAUGAGUGCUUAUAAGUCGGAGAAAUAUUUGUCGGAUGUUGAUUCGAUACUUGCUGGGGGAGUUUCGGGUGAGUUGGGUUGUGAGGAGUUGGUUGAGGAGGAUGAGGAGGAUACGUUUCAGCCGCAGAAGGGGAAUGUGGCGUUUGUUUGUGCGUUGGAUGGUUGGGGUUUUAGUAGUAGUGAGUUUGCGGAGUUUUAUGCGUCGAAGCUUGGAGCUAGUUCUGCAGCAUUGCAGAAGGCUUUAUGGGGUCCUAGGUAUUACAACCCGAAAAGUAAGAUGAUUGUUGGGAAAAAGGGAUUGGAAGGAGGAAGUAAGGCUCGCCCUAUGUUUGUGCAGUUUGUGCUUGAGCCGUUGUGGCAGGUUUACCAGUCGGUUUUAGAGCCUGAUGGAAAUCGAGGGUUACUGGAGAAAGUUAUCAAGUCGUUUAACCUUAAUGUUCCACCUCGCGAGCUUCAAAAUAAGGAUCCAAAGAUCGUGCUUCAAGCUGUCAUGAGCCGUUGGCUUCCUUUGUCUGACUCAGUUUUAUCUAUGGUUGUGAGGUGUAUGCCGGAUCCUAUUGCUGCUCAGUCUUUUCGAAUUUCACGUUUGCUUCCCAAGAGAGAGGUGUUAAAUGAGUUGGCUGACCCAAGUGUUGUUGCUGAGGCAAAUCUUGUGAGGAAUGCAGUUGAGAAUUGUGAUUCUAGCCCUGAAGUAGCUUCUGUUGCAUUUGUAUCUAAGAUGUUUGCUGUUCCAACAAAGAUGCUUCCCCAAAGGGGUCCAAAUGGGGAGAUUUUGAAUAAUUAUAGUGAUGAAAAUGGAAGUGGUGAAUCAGAUGAAUGCUUCCUUGCGUUUGCGAGGAUUUUUAGUGGGGUUUUUUAUUCAGGACAAAAGGUUUUCGUUCUUUCAGCAUUAUAUGACCCUUUAAAAGGAGAGUCGAUGCAAAAGCAUGUGCAGGAGGCUGAGUUACAAUCUUUAUAUCUCAUGAUGGGUCAAGGUUUGAGACCAGUAACUUGUGCCAAGGCAGGGAAUGUUGUGGCAAUUCGAGGCCUUGGCCAACAUAUCUUGAAAAGUGCUACUCUUUCGUCCACAAGAAAUUCUUGGCCUUUCUCCGGCAUGACGUUCCAAGUUGCUCCAACUCUAAGAGUUGCAAUUGAGCCAUCUGAUCCAGCAGAUAUGACUGCUCUGAUGAAAGGUCUGAGACUUCUGAACAGGGCAGAUCCAUUUGUGGAGGUCACGGUUUCUUCUAGAGGGGAGCAUGUGCUUGCUGCUGCCGGUGAAGUUCAUUUAGAACGAUGCGUCAAGGAUUUAAAGGAAAGAUUUGCUAAGGUGAGCCUGGAAGUUUCUCCACCUCUUGUGUCUUAUAAGGAGACCAUUGAAGGUAAUACAUCCAGCGGUUUUGAUAAUCUGAAAACAUUGAGUGGAAUCUCUGAUUCUGUUGAGAAGACGACACCAAAUGGAAGAUGCAUUGUUCGCGUGCAAGUCAUGAAACUUCCUCCUGCAUUAACCAAGGUACUUGAUGAAAGUGCCAAUAUACUUGGGGAUAUUAUUAAUGGAAAGCUUGCGCAGUCGAACAAAGGUGUGGAAGUACAAGGAUCAAGCAUUGUGGAGGAAGAGAAUCCAGUUGAAGCACUCAAAAAGCGCAUAAUGGAUGCCGUGGAGAGUGAAGUUUCUUCAUGGAAUGAAAAUGAUAUGGACGGGUCUGAGAAAUACAGACUCAAGUGGAAAAAAUUUCUUAAAAGGAUUUGGGCACUUGGUCCGAGACAGGUUGGCCCUAAUAUCCUCUUUACUCCAGAAUUAAAGAGCAGUGAUUCCUCUGUCCUUAUCAGUGGUUCUCCUCAUGUAUCUGAAAGAUUGGGGUUAGUGGACGAUUCUAAUGAUUGUGAUACACUGGCCAAUGUGUCAUCUGAAGUAAUUCAACCAUUACACAUGGAAGCAGAUAGUCUGCAGAAUAGUUUAGUCUCUGGAUUUCAACUUGCAACAGCAGCUGGACCAUUAUGUGAUGAACCUAUGUGGGGAUUGGCUUUUGUCGUCGAGGCUUAUGUGUCCCCCUUGACUGAGCAGGCUGAUGAAUCCAAAUCUAACCAGCAGUCUGAGCAGUAUGGCAUGUUCACAGGACAAGUUAUGGCAACAGUCAGGGAUGCAUGUAGAGCAGCUGUACUGCAGAACCAACCCCGACUAGUUGAAGCAAUGUAUUUUUGUGAGUUAAACACAACAACCGAACAUUUGGGAUCUAUGUAUGCAGUGCUUAAUCGUAGACGAGCUCGUAUCUUGAAGGAGGAAAUGCAGGAAGGAUCUGCACUUUUCACCGUUCAUGCAUAUGUCCCGGUGUCUGAGAGUUUUGGUUUUGCUGAUGAGCUCAGAAAAGGGACUUCAGGUGCUGCGAGUGCUCUUCUUGUUCUUAGCCAUUUGGAAGCACUUCCUGAGGACCCUUUCUUUGUACCAAAAACGGAAGAGGAGAUUGAAGAGUUUGGAGAUGGUUCCAGUGUUCUCCACAAUACGGCACGAAAGCUCAUUGAUGCUGUAAGGCGGCGUAAGGGCCUGCCAGUUGAGGAAAAAGUAGUCCAACAUGCUACUAAACAGAGAACGCGGGCUCGUAAAGUGUAGAAUUUGUUAUUUCAUUCUAUUGGAUAGUAAAGUGUAGAAUUGUAUACUUCAACACACAUCCAUUAUAUACAUGAAUCAAAGUUAUAGUCUCA